UUCAGUCAUAAAAGAGCAUGAAAAAGAAAGAAACCAAAGAAAUUUUUAUUUUUUCCUUUUGUUUAUGAUUGAUUGAGUGGGGGAGGAAGAAAUGGUGUUAAUGAUGAGGACUUUGUUAGCAGAUCCCCACAGGCAACUUCUUGUUGGAUCUUGUGUGUUGUGAUAAGGCAACUCUUCAUUUUUUCCCGAAGCACUUGUGUUCGACACAUGCUCGGACAUGGUAUGGGGAUAGGAUCCUCUGAGUACAUGGAACUCUUGGAAAAAAACUGCACAUACCUGUUUCAGGCACAUACCCAUAUCCAAAACUUAUCCUCGAGUCUGAGUAAAAUAGCUUGUGUGUGCUUGCAGCUGCUAGCUUUCAGUUGACUGGAUAGGCGAUUCUAAUCCUGUAAAAAAAGAGCCAAAUCUUGUGUUUGCAAAAGGUGCAUGGGGGAGCAAUUAGGGGAUUGGGAGGGGCCCCAUGACCCCUAAACAUGAGAGCUUGUGUGUACAUGCAGUUGCUAGGUUUUAGUUGAUUGGGGUAGGCGAUUCUAAUCCCUCUUAAAAGAAAAGGCAAAUUUGGUGUUUGCAAAAGGUGCAGAAGGGGAGCAAUUGGGUGAUUUGGAGGGCUUAUAGUUCCACUGGCCUUUAAACUCGGAAACUAUUGUCAGCAUGGCCUUGGUUGGUGCAAUGAUUGGAGCUGCAUCCGGGGGUUGGAUUAACGAUGCUUAUGGACGUAAGAAGGCUACUCUUCUUGCAGAUGUUGUUUUUACUGCUGGAGCAAUUGUCAUGGCCGCUGCACCCGAUCCGUAUGUGCUGAUAUUGGGACGCCUUUUAGUUGGCCUAGGUGUGGGUACUGCCUCUGUGACUGCUCCCGUAUAUAUUGCUGAAGCAUCACCUUCGGAAGUAAGGGGUGGGCUAGUUAGCACAAAUGUGCUUAUGAUAACUGGUGGACAGUUUCUUUCCUACCUUGUAAAUCUUGCUUUUACACAGGUUCGAGGAACUUGGAGAUGGAUGCUUGGAGUUUCAGCUGUGCCAGCUGUCAUUCAGUUCUUCCUUAUGCUAUGUUUGCCCGAGUCUCCACGAUGGCUUUUCAUGAAGAAUGAGAAAGAUAAAGCCAUAGCUGUGCUUUCUAAAAUUUAUGACAUUGCUCGGUUAGAAGAUGAAGUGGAUCACCUUUCUGCUGCACUAGAAGAAGAACAGCAGAGAAAGCAUACUGUCAGAUAUUUGGAUGUUUUUAGAACAAAAGAAAUUAGACUUGCUUUUCUGGCUGGGGCAGGACUGCAGGCUUUUCAGCAGUUCACUGGCAUCAAUACAGUUAUGUACUAUAGCCCAACAAUCGUCCAGAUGGCUGGCUUCAAUUCCAAUCAGCUAGCACUUCUGCUGUCUCUCAUUGUCGCUGCCAUGAAUGCAGGAGGAACUGUUGUCGGCAUUUACCUUAUCGAUCAUUUUGGAAGGAAAAAGCUGGCUCUUUCAAGCUUAUCCGGUGUCAUCGUGUCCCUUGUCAUCCUUGCUGGGGCUUUCUUUGCUGAAACACCUGGUUCUUCUAAUGGAAUUUAUGGAUGGCUGGCAGUCAUUGGAUUAGCCCUCUACAUUGCAUUCUUCGCACCUGGAAUGGGGCCUGUUCCAUGGACUGUGAACUCAGAGAUAUACCCUGAGCAAUACCGAGGGAUCUGUGGGGGCAUGUCGGCUACUGUGAAUUGGAUUUCAAAUUUGAUUGUGGCCCAGACUUUUCUUACAAUUGCUGAAGCACUGGGAACUGGUGUUACUUUCUUGAUUCUCGCUGGCAUAGCUUUGCUUGCAGUGGUUUUUGUGAUUGUGUAUGUGCCGGAGACCAAGGGGUUGACAUUCGUUGAAGUGGAACGAAUUUGGAAAGAAAGGGCUUGGGGAAGCAGUUAUAACACUGAAAGCCUUCUCGAGCAUGGAAACGAGUCCACCUAGUCACUAUCAAAAUCAACCCGGCAUGAGUUUCUACAAAGUCGGUAUCGUGUCCCGGAGGCAGUUGAAGGCGUGAGCUUCAUCUUUCUACACAUAAAUGUUGAAAGGUGAGGCAUCUUAAAACAUUUAGAUUGUUUACUGCAUUUUGGUGUUGCAUAUUUCAAAGUUGAGAAGGAACUUGGUGGUGAUGAUAGAUAAUCUUGUAUAUAUAAGUUGUAUUAUCGCCAACGGCACGGGACAUCUUUUAAGUAGGCCCGAAGUCGAGGCAUGAUCCUUGUAUAUGUUCUUUAGCUCAUGUUUUCAAAGCCUUGUUGGAAGCAAAAAUGGCAGCAUUGGAAUCA